AUGAAUCAUAAUAUCUCUAUCAUUUGUCCAUUAUUUGAAACUAGUUCAGGAAAGGUAUAUCUAGCGGAAGAGAUGGUUUAAAAUAAUUCUAUAUUAAAAUAUUUUGCAUUUGAAUUUAGAAAGGAUUAUGUGGAAAAAGGAUAUUUUUUUGAUGAGGUACAAAUUAUAAAAAAUACAAAAAAACCAAGAUAAUUUAGAAACUAUUAGAAAAUGUAUAAGAAUCAAUUAUUUUUGUUUAAUUAUAUCGAGGGUGAAUUCUUUGAUAAAAUAAUAUUGGUGAAUGUGAAAUUACAAAAGUCAUUUGAAAAUACUGAAAUAAAAAUAUAUUUGAAAUAGCUAUUAGAAGCACUUUAUGAACUUCAUUCAAAUAAAAUACCUGGAAGAUUAUUUUCUGUUUAAAAUAUUUUAUAAACAUAAACAAGUAAAAGGAUGAUUCUAAUGGAUUUUGGAUUUGGUUCUAGAAUAAAUUAAGAUUAAUUAGAUAUUUUAGCACCUCCAGAAUAUUUAGAAAGCUUAAUUGAGAAGAAUAAUAAUCUUUUAUAUAAUUCAUAUGAAAAUGAUAAAGUAUUCGAUUUAAAAUUUGAUUCUUGGUUAGUAGGAGCUUUCUUAUACAACUUGAUCAAAUUAAGACCUAUAAAUCAUAUAAAAUCACAAUAAAAUACAUUUGAAAGAUAUAAAUAUGAUGAAAAAGAACAAUAUUUAUAACAUUUAAAAAAAAUGAAGUUUAUUCCAUGUUAGACUAGUAGAUACAAUUAAAACCUUUGUUCUUUUGUGUAAGAUUUACUAACUUACAAUAAAGAGAAAAGAUUAUCAUUUUUUUAAAUAUAUUAACAUGAAUACAUUUAAAAUCUUUAAAUUGAAGAAUAAAACAAAUAUUUAAAAUUUUAUAAAAAUCUAUCAACCAUAUUAGACUAAAAGUUUAAGCCUGAUUAUUAAAGUGUUAUAAUGAAAUAACUUAAAUUUGAAAAUAAAAAGUUUGAUACUUUUUGGCUAUAAAAAUAAUUAGAUUAUUUUAAAUGUUUUAUAUUAGAAGAAACAGAAGAAAAAAUAAUUAAUUUAUUACCAAGAUAUAUACAUCCAUAUGAAUAUAUUUUUGCAUAUUUUGUGAAGAAAAUGCAUCUUCUUAUUUUAAGGGAAACCAAUCAUUAUUCAUAAUCAGAUUAAUAUUAAAAUAAAUUGGAUUAAGAUUGCUAAAUUUUUUUACAACAAUUUUCAAAAGAUUUAUUAAAAUCUAUAGAAAUUUUUGAAUAUAUAGAUAAAUUAACAAAAUAAUUAAUAGAAAUGUUCAGAUAGCAUUGUUAUAUUCAUUUAAAUAAGAAUUCUAAGCUUUCUCAAAAUAUUAAAAAAUCUAUAUUAGAUGAUUAUAAUCAAAAUCAUAGCAUGUUAUUAAAUUCUUAAGAAUUUUUUGAAAAUGGUUAUUUUGAAGCUCUUGAAAUAUUAUUUUAAUAUAUAAACUAACUAAAAGUUUAAGAUGAAAUAUCAGAGGAAUUAUAAUAAUUCUAGAAAUAAAUUUAUAUUUGCAUCAUAAUCACAUCUUUAGAUGUAGAAAAUUUUUAAUAGAUAUUUAGAGAAGUUCUUCCUGAAAAUCAAUAGAUUAAACCUAGUGAUAUACUUAUUAAUUUUGGGUUUGUUGGUCACAAUUGCUGA